UUCGCCCCGUAUCGUUCCUUUCGGGUUUGCGGCCGCAAAGGGAUUUUUGCUAAUGUGCAUCUAAGACCGAAUAUUUUUUCACUUGCUCCUUUGUGGACUCUAAAAAUGGGAAGAUUAGACACACUGAGAGAAUUUAAUUUAUUGUCAUGGAUGAGAGAGGAAAGACAAUCGAGGAAGUUGAUCCUGGUCAUCGUUUUCAUCGCCUUGCUGCUGGAUAAUAUGCUUCUAACGGUGGUCGUCCCCAUCAUCCCUAGCUACCUAUACACAAUUGAUGAUGCAGCAGCCAACAUGGCCAAGAAUCACACUACGGCCUCCCCACACACCCCUUCUGGAACCUUCCAGACCAUCGUGUCCCUCUAUGACAACUCUGUCAGGGUAACCAGCGGGGACCCAAUGGAUUCCACACCCAUACCCUUGGGUCAGACGCAGGGGGUCUCUUCUUCCACCUCGGCUCUCACACCCCACAACUCCACACAGCCCGACUGCCCCAAAGCAGACGACCAGCUGCUCAAUGAGAAUGUGAAAGUGGGACUACUCUUUGCCUCCAAGGCCACUGUACAGCUCAUCACCAACCCCUUCAUUGGGCCUCUCACCAACAGAAUAGGAUACCAGAUCCCCAUGUUUGCCGGGUUCUGUAUUAUGUUCCUGUCAACCAUCAUGUUCGCCUUCUCAUCGAGCUACACUCUGCUGUUUCUGGCCAGAUCCAUGCAGGGUGUGGGCUCCUCCUGCUCCUCUGUGGCUGGGAUGGGGAUGCUUGCCAGUGUGUACACAGAUGAUGAGGAGAGGGGAAAUGCCAUUGGGAUAGCCCUCGGUGGUCUCGCCAUGGGUGUGCUGGUGGGCCCACCAUUUGGCAGUGUCAUGUAUGAGUUUGUGGGGAAAACGGCACCUUUCCUCAUUCUGGCUGUUCUGGCUGUGCUGGAUGGAGCACUGCAACUGUUCAUUCUCCAGCCCUCAAAGGUGGAACCAGAGAGCCAGAAAGGGUCUUCGCUAUGGAGUCUUAUGAAAGAUCCAUACAUACUCAUUGCUGCAGGAUCCAUUUGUUUUGCGAACAUGGCCAUCGCCAUGUUAGAACCAGCGUUGCCUAUUUGGAUGAUGGAGACCAUGUGUCCAAGAAAAUGGCAGCUAGGCAUUGCCUUCGUGCCAGCCAGCAUCUCUUACCUUAUUGGAACCAACAUCUUUGGCGUCCUAGCACACAAGAUGGGGAGAUGGCUGUGCGCUCUCAUCGGGAUGGUCCUAGUGGGGGUUAGCAUCCUCUGUGUUCCUUUUGCUAAGGACAUCUACGGACUAAUACUUCCAAAUUUCGGUGUUGGUUUUGCAAUUGGAAUGGUGGAUUCCUCUAUGAUGCCAAUCAUGGGCUACUUAGUGGACCUGAGACACGUGUCAGUCUAUGGCACUGUGUACGCCAUUGCUGAUGUGGCAUUCUGCAUGGGCUUUGCUUUAGGUCCAUCCGCUGGGGGUGCCAUAGCGAAGAGCAUUGGGUUCUCCUGGCUCAUGACCAUCAUUGGCGUCGUGGACAUCCUCUUCGCUCCCCUCUGUUACUUCCUCAGGAGUCCUCCUGGGAGGGAGGAGAAAAUGGCCAUCUUGAUGGACUCCAACUGCGCAAUGAAGACCCGAUCAUACUCAACACAAGGGAACACAGAGUACGAAGAGAUGGAGACAGAGUAUGAUGAGUAGUAAUGGACACCAGACAGGUAUGUUACCUUCCAGAGGAUCUAUUUUGUUGUACAAAAACAGAGAUAAAAAUUGAAAAUACAAAAAAAAACAACAGCUAAGCUGUUUCAAUGUGAAUGUCAUCCGUGCGGUCGGUCUUCACUGUCCUAUGUCAUUGUGAUCGUACGACUGGAGCAAACCAAAGUUGUUCUCAUCCCCCUGUGGUCACAAGCACGUUGCUUGUGUUUAUUUUUAGCCAACAGCCUUAUCCAAUGGAAGUGGAACACGAUUCAAAACAGGGUUUUCAUAGGCCGUAAUAGUAGAAUGUUGUGAGCCAUAUUUACUGGAUAGUUCAGCUGACGGUGAUCUUAUAGAUCACCAAAUUGUGUCCUGUAGGUUAGCAAGGAGUACAAACCUGUCUUAAUAAUUCACCUUUUGCCCAUUAACGGUCUUCAUCAACAUAUCUAAUACAGAAAUAUGAAACAAAUGGGGGUAGAGAGUAACUUCUAUUUGUUUAGUAACUGACUUUGGAUCAGAUUCAACAUCUCGAACAAGGCACUAUGAGAACACUGCUUUAGUGUUUGUCAUUCUAUUUGUUGAUUAUAAUUAUAUUAUGAUGAGAUGGUAAAUGAUUUAAAGUAUUACUUAGUCAAUACAAGUUACUCAAUACAUUUGGAAUGAGAAUUUGUUAACUGUUUUGGACAAAGCAAAUCACAAUGUAUGGGUUACAUUUUACCUUGAAAUUGGCCUUUUUUUCAUUGAUUAUACAAACAUGUUUUUACGUUGACAUUCGAAUUGAGGAAAUACCUGAACUGAAACCUUUGAAGUCAUAGAAAGUUAUAUCCCCAGAAUCCAGUGUUGUCCUGGGUUGACUGCUUAUGGCUAUUUGCAUGUUAUACCACAUAAAAAACACAGCCUCACUCCAAUAUCAUCCUCAGUUUCACCUUCCACAUAAAAACACAGCCUCACUCCAAUAUCAUCCUCAGUUUCACCUUCCACAUAAAAACACAGCCUCACUCCAAUAUCAUCCUCAGUUUCACCUUCCACAUAAAAACACAGCCUCACUCCAAUAUCAUCCUCAGUUUCACCUUCCACAUAAAAAACACAUCCUCACUCCAAUAUCAUCCUCAGUUUCACCUUCCACAUAAAAACACAGCCUCACUCCAAUAUCAUCCUCAGUUUCACCUUCCACAUAAAAAACACAGCCUCACUCCAAUAUCAUCCUCAGUUUCACCUUCCACAUAAAAAACACAGCCUCACUCCAAUAUCAUCCUCAGUUUCACCUUCCACAUAAAAAACACAGCCUCACUCCAAUAUCAUCCUCAGUUUCACCUUCCACAUAAAAACACAGCCUCACUCCAAUAUCAUCCUCAGUUUCACCUUCCACAUAAAAACACAGCCUCACUCCAAUAUCAUCCUCAGUUUCACCUUCCACAUAAAAAACACAGCCUCACUCCAAUAUCAUCCUCAGUUUCACCUUCCACAUAAAAACACAGCCUCACUCCAAUAUCAUCCUCAAUUUCACCUUCCACAUAAAAAACACAGCCUCACUCCAAUAUCAUCCUCAGUUUCACCUUCCACAUAAAAAACACAUCCUCACUUCAAUAUCAUCCUCAGUUUCACCUUCCACAUAAAAACACAGCCUCACUCCAAUAUCAUCCUCAGUUUCACCUUCCACAUAAAAAACACAUCCUCACUUCAAUAUCAUCCUCAGUUUCACCUUCCACAUAAAAACACAGCCUCACUCCAAUAUCAUCCUCAGUUUCACCUUCCACAUAAAAACACAGCCUCACUCCAAUAUCAUCCUCAGUUUCACCUUCCACAUAAAAACACAGCCUCACUCCAAUAUCAUCCUCAGUUUCACCUUCCACAUAAAAACACAGCCUCACUCCAAUAUCAUCCUCAGUUUCACCUUCCACAUAAAAACACAGCCUCACUCCAAUAUCAUCCUCAGUUUCACCUUCCACAUAAAAACACAGCCUCACUCCAAUAUCAUCCUCAGUUUCACCUUCCACAUAAAAACACAGCCUCACUCCAAUAUCAUCCUCAGUUUUACCUUCCACAUAAAAAACACAGCCUCACUCCAAUAUCAUCCUCAGUUUCACCUUCCACAUAAAAAAUGGUUAAUGAAACAUAUUUUCACUGUAAAUAAUACCUCAGCUCAUAAAAAACAUAUUUUGCUUUUUUUAUUUGUACAUUUUUGAGCCAUUUGAAUGUGUGGAAAAGUAAGACUUAUAUUUGAGUGAUUUUUGAAUACAGAUAAUAGAAUUUGAUCUUUCUGUUUACCCUCAGCUCCAUUUACAGACAAUUGGAAACAUAUAUCUUAUAGGCUUUUCUUAGUGUGUUUGUGUCAAUACAAUGUUUAGGUAGAUGAUGUGUAACUAAGAUUCUUUUAACUUUCCCUAUUGAUAUGACAAGCCAUGAAAUAUACUGUGGUGAAAAGUAAACACAUACGGACACAGCUUUAGUUAGUUGUCUCUGAUUAAACAUCACCUUAAGGAGAGGAGAAAUUCCAUAAGCACUUUAUCAGAGUCUAGAUAUCCACACCAUUUAACUCCAAGGACAGUUCUAGUACGUUAAUGUUGGUUUAGCAGAGAGAGAAUAUUGAGGUGAUCAGUCUGUUUGGUCAUGUUGUCUGUUAGUAAGAAAACACUCAAAGUUUUAUCAAAGAUAAAUGCACUGAUUAUUAUUGUGUUUUAAGUACACUUUCCCAGUAGUGCUAAUCCCUAAAAUAAGUAGAAACUCAAUGUAUUUUCAAGCACUAAGGUUCAAUUUUAGCUCCCAAUCUUUACCAAUUUUAAUCUUAGUUAAACUAAUCCCUUGAGAGCAUUAACUUUAUUAUAUGUGAAUUUAUUGAUCACUUCCAGGUCAUCAAAAAGUAGACCCUUUUUCUAGCUGUUUAACACACAAUACAGAAAGCACAGCAUACAUUGUUUCCAAAAAUGAAAUAAGAGUUUAUUAUAUUGUCCAGCAGUGCAUGCACAUACACUGAGUAUACCAAAUAUUAGGAACAUCGUCCUUAUAUUGAGUUGCAUCUUCCCCCUUUGCCCUCAGAACAGCUUCAAUUCGUCUGGUCAUGGACUCAACAAGGUGUCGAAAGCUUUCCACAGGGAUGCUGGCCCUUGUUGACUCCAAUGCUUCCCACAGUUGUGUCAAGAUGGCUGGAUGUUGUUUGGGUGGUGGGCCAUCCUUGAUACACAAUGGAAACUGUUGAGCGUGAAAAACCCAGUAGCGUUACAGUUCUUGACACAAACUGGUGUGCCUGCCACCUACUACCAUACCCUGUUCAAAGGCACUUAAAUAUUUUGUCUUGCCCAUUCACACUCUGAAUGGUACACUUACACAAUCAAUGUCUCAAGGAUUUUAAAAAGAGUCCUUAUUGAACCGGUCUCCUCCCCUUCAUCUCCACUGAUUGAAGUGGAUUUAACAAGUGACAUAAAUAAGGGAUCAUAACUUUCACCUGGAUUCAUCUGGUCAGUCUGUCACAGAAAGAGCAGGUGUUCUUAAUGUUUUCUAUACUCAGUAUACAUACACACUUAAGUUUGAGGAUUUGAUUGGCUUACUGGGCCCUGGCCUGCACAUGUCAUUAGUGAAUUUUGUCUGCAGUCAGUCACCAGUAUUAAUCCACAACACAGGGCCAUGAAGGGGCCCCCCUUUUCCCCACCCCCUCUCCUCUCCUAUUUGUCCUGAAGCAGAAAAUGAAAAUAGACUCAUCCACUAUUCUGCUUUUUGUCAAAAUCACAGUGAUCUAACAGAAAAAGCCAGGCAUACAAAGCACAGCUAAUAACUGUCAAAUAUAUAUGUAAUUGUUUGGUAAAGUGCAUUUAUUACAAACCAUUAUUUGGUUCUUCAAGCAAAUCUGACAUCUAGAUAUCUUGGAAAUAUGUAAAAAUCUUUGAAAAUACUUUAAUGCCCUUGCCACAGAAAAGCACAAUAAUCCAUAUUCAAAAUGUCAAAUAAGAUUGCAUUUUGAAGUAUAUGGACUGUUAUUUGCCAAACCCUGGGUUUGCUGGAUUGCAGGUCUGUUUGAAUGGACACUCGAAUGAGUUUCAUUGUAUGUUAAUGAUAUAAGCAAAAUUGUCUGUGCUGGAGUUGACAGAGAUAAUUACCUGAUAACGUCAAUAUUAGUUUCAUUAUUUUCUCAAAUGUAUAUUUAAAUUCACCGCACCCUUAAUGAAAAUAUUUUUAUGUCAAGAUGGCUACUAUUCUGAGAGGUUGUCGUUAUUUUGCAAAACAUUGUUGGGUCAUGUAGGUUACAUAAUUGAUUAUAUAUUGUGGAGAAUAAUAUAUUUUGUUGUCAUUUGUUUAGGUGCGAAAUGUAUUGCACACAUGCACUAAAAUGUGUGUGUGCUCAUGUUGGUGUGUGUGCCUUCUGACAUGUAUGCCAUUGGUUUGUGUGUAUAUCAAAUACUUACUAACUGCUACAAAAAAAAUAAUGUUGCCAUUUUAUAAUCUGGACUGGUUGUUUACGUGUAAAGUGUGCUGAUUGUGUAACAUAUGUUGAUACUCAGUGGGGAUGGGAAACAAAAAUAAAUGUAUAC